CUCACCCUCACGCUCAGGUCUCCCGGCUCUGGAAACAGCUCUAGCGCAGUCUCCACCAUGAGCCUCGGACCCAACGCCAUCGCCUCCUGUCCCAGUGCCAGACCACUGCGCAUCCCGCAGGUGUUGCUGCUGCUGUCACUGUUCCUGACCACUGUAGUUCCCACCUACGUCAGAGAAGAUGUUGAGCCGUACCUUGAACUGCGCUGCACGUGUGUGAAGACAGUCUCUGAAAUUCAUCCCAAGAACAUCCAGAAUUUGGAGAUUAUCAAUCCAGGAGCCCACUGCAGCAAUGUGGAAGUGAUAGCCACGCUGAAGAAUGGAAGGAAGAUCUGCCUGAACCCAGAAGCUCCAAUGAUCAAGAAAAUAGUCCAGAAAAUGAUGAAAGGUGACGGAUCAGCAGCUUAACCUGUUCACUCUCUGCCAAAUCUUUUCACCUUCCAGCAAGGGCAGGAGUUUGAAGUCUUG